AUGGCAAUGCUGAAGCAACUGACUAUAAAUAUGCCUUUGGUAGAGAAACUGAAGCAAAUGCCAGGGUAUGCCAAAUUUAUGAAGGACCUCUUGACAAAGAAAAGGGUAGAAAGAUAUGAACCGACAGAUAAUUUCCAUCAUUAUAGUGCGAUUGCCAGAAGGUCCUUAGUACAGAAGAAGGCAGAUCUGGGAGCUUUCACUAUUCCUUACACGGUUGGGUCUUUUGAUUUUGCUAAGGCUUUAUGUGAUCUGGGGGCUAGCAUUAAUCUGAUGUCGCUAGCCACUUAUAAAAAGCUGGGCUUGGGAUAUCCUACACUAACCAAUAUAUGGCUUGUAAUGGUGAAUAGAUCGGUAAAACGACCUAUUGGUAUUCUAUAUGAUGUAUUGGUGAAGGUGGCUACCUUCAUUUUCCUUGCAGAUUUUAUCAUUUUGGAUUACGAGAUGGACUUUAAAGUUCCCAUAAUCUUAGGCCGACCUUUGCUCACAACCGAAAGUGUGCUGAUUGAUUUGUGA